AUGUCAACGAACUCAAAACCUCGGCCUAAACCGUGGGAAGCUAACCAACCCCUGCAUGAUUCAAGCGCCCUCGCAGACGAUGUAUCUAUGACUAAGAGAACAAAGAGCAUUGAUGAAACCAGUUCUGGGCAAAAUAUUUCUCUAGAAGUGCCGCCAAGACCAACUAGUCUGAAUUCUGAUCCGAUAAAUGAAAUAAAUAACAACGCAUACCGAAAUCCUCACUUUGGUAGUAAUCUCUACGGUAACACGAUGUCUGGGAGUGGCCCGUACGGAGCAGGAAGUAUGUUCAGUGGUGGAUAUGGAUCCAUGUAUGGCGGAUAUGGGUCUAUGUAUGGAGGAGGAUAUGGCUCGCUACUCGGGAAUGGAUAUGGAGGUGGCUAUCUGAACCCUGGAGCACCAGGAGGAGGAGCAACAGGCUUUGGCGAAUCUACGCAGGCGACUUUCCAGCUUAUAGAAAGCCUAAUAGGAGCUGUCGCUGGGUUCGCACAGAUGCUAGAGUCCACCUAUAUGGCUACGCAUAACUCAUUUUUUAGCAUGAUUUCUGUUGCAGAGCAAUUUUCAUACUUGAAAGAAGUAUUAGGUUCAUUCUUUGGUAUAUUUGCAAUGAUGAAAUUUUUAAGAAGAAUACUACAUUACGUUACUCGUGGCAGAUUGGGAAUAGCUCCAAAGUAUUCACAUGAUAAAAACAAGGCUGGUAAGGAUUCAGAUGGUUCCCUGUUAAUUGAAGAGUUUGAAAAAUUCAAUUCAAAUGGAAACUCUGAGAGCAAAAAAAGGAAGAAGCUCUCGUGGAAACCAUUGAUUUUAUUCCUAGCAGCAGUAUUUGGAUUUCCAUAUAUAUUGAAUAAAUUCAUAUACACAGUUCAGAAUUCUCAGAAUGCUAGAACAGGCAGAAUUACCUCACAACAAGUGGAUCCCUCAAAGUUAGAAUUCGCAAGAGCUUUGUACGAUUUUACGCCGGAGAAUCCUCAAAUUGAGGCAACCUUGAAAAAGGGCGAUUUAAUGGCAAUCAUUAGUAAACAGGAUCCAGCGGGACAGGACUCGGAAUGGUGGAAGGUAAGGACUAAACAGGGGAUUACAGGCUAUGUUCCUUACAAUUAUAUCGAAAUAAUAAAAAGACAAAAGAAAAUUGAGGACGUUUCUGAAUGA